UUUUCGGGGAGUGGGGGUCGGGUGCCCCCAGCUCUGCGCCUCUGCUGCUCGCAGCGCACUUCGUGUCGCGGGGACGCCGAGGGCGCCGGCCGUCUCCCGGGGUGCGGCGUCUGGACGGGCAGGUCGUAGCCGGGAGGAGAGGGCGCGCUUCCGCGGGGAACCGGGGAAGGACACGCCAGUGACGGAGCUGGUGCUGCUGAAGGGCCCGGAACGGGGCGAAGCGGGUCCCGGCGCGGACGCGGGCCGAGGGGCGGGGCGUGCAGACUGUGUGUGCAGGAGCGUACGGGCUCCCUCGCGAUGUCGCUGGUGGCGGGAAGGGGGCUUUGGGGCUGCGGUUGAGGGACAGGGAGCCAGGUCUGGAACGCGAGGGCAGGGCCAGGAGGGGCUGGGCAGGAGACAAGAGAAAGCGAGGUCCUCGGGGCUCGCAGACCUGCACCUGGCUGGCCGUGGGGGCGAGAGGAACAGAGGAGGCAGGGAGUGCAGGCGUGGCCUGUGGGACUGGCAGGUGCUGACCCGGCCUCCAAGCGCAGCACCGCCUCCUGGCGCAGUAGGAAGAAACGCUGGUGGGGAAAGACCUUUGGGUCUGAGACGCUUGAGGGACACAGGUGAACAGUUACUAUAAAAUAGGGUCUGGAGCCGAUGAGAAGGCUCUGGCUUUCGUGAGAUCAUCGAGGAGAGCGGAUUCUGGGAGAGGAGAGCAAAGGACUGACCCUCAGAAACCUAGACAGUUGUGAUGUUGGCUAACAGACAAAAGCCUGGGAAGGAAACCAGAAAAUGAAGAGCAGGUAUUAGGAGAGUCGGACAGAGAAGUGUGCCAGAAACUGAGGUCGACAGGGUGACUAAACCAAUGGGAACAAUGACUUGGGGAGAUGAAGACAGGUUGAAAUGUGGGUUGGGAAAUCAGGGAGACGGGGAGAGCAGGCUGGCUGCAGCACCGGGAGCAGGAGCUGAGAAGUAAGGCGGGUGAGUGUGGAGCCUAAGAUCUAUGGGGGCUGAGAUGGCAUUUUAGUUGUCUUUGAUUUCCCAUCGCUGGGCAUAGAGUAGCGUUGGGGCUCAAUGGUGCUGUUCUUUAAGGAAUCAGUAUACAGAGAAGAGAGCUGAGCUUUCUGGCACCUUGUGCAGAGGAAGAGACCAGCGAGAAUAGCAUUGAGGAGUGGAGGAGUGAGCUGUGAACAAAAACAAGGACUCUUGUCACAGAGACAAAGGAAAGGAUGAAGGGUGUAUAUGCAGUGGCCACUGUGAUCCAGACAGCAAGGAGAAAAUGAGGCAGCGCAGGGCAGGGCAGGGCAGGGCGGAGCUCUGAAUCCAGGUCUUAUUUCCCUAUCUGGUGGAGGGAGAGGAGGCGGAAGUGAAAUGGCUCAGUGGGGCUCAGCCGACCAGAAAACACCAGAAGGGACAUCCCGGUGUCUGGGACAGAGGCUAGAACUGACAUGCCCCAGAAAGUCCCAACCUGUGUGGGGUUCAGGGAUAAGAGGAAGAAAACCAAAAUGGAGGCAUCAUAAUCACUUUCCUGGGAUCGAUGGAAAUAUCUUUGAAAUUGAUCCUUGAGUAUUUUUUAUUUGUAGUGACUUCUGUGAAUGGAUAAUUUUCUUCAUAAUUUCGUGUUGAUUUUUUGUAUCAUAUAGGAAUUUACUGAUUGUUAUUAAGUAAUGAUAUAUUUUACCCUUUCAUUCCUUUGAUAUUUUUGGAAGUCUGAUAAUAAUUUGAUGGUUCCAGAUAUGUAAUCAGAAUGCAAAAAUAUUAAUUAUUUUACUCCUAAUUAUUACUAUUUUUAUUUCUUCUUGAAAUUUUUAUCUUCUUUAUAUGAGAUUUCUCUGAUACUUUACCACUCUGUAAAAUUAACUCUCUGCUUUGUAAAGUCUUUUUCUUUUAUAAAUUUGUCAUUUUAUUGGAGCUCCUGGUGGCUCAGUCCAUUAAGCAUCUGACUGUUGAUCUUGGUUUCAGCUCAGGUCAUGCUCUCACAGUUGGUGAGUUUGAGUCCAUCAGGCUCUGGGCUAACAGCACAGAAUCCACAUCAGAUCCUCUGUCUCCUUCUCUCUGAGCCUCCCCUACUUGUGCUCGCUCUCUCUCUCUCUCUCUCUCUCUCUUUCUCUCAAAAAAUAAAUAAACCUUAAAGAAAUUGUCAUAUUUUUAUAAAUUUGUGUAGAACUACAGUAAACACCUCUGGUACUUAAUAACAAAAUGAUAGAACUUAUAUUGUUAAAAUUGUUUUGUAUUUAUUCAACUAUUUCUCUGUUUUGAAUUAGCCUUACACUAUAAUAAUGAACAUUUUUUGAUUCCUUACUAUGUGCAAGGCUCUGUUUCAAGAGAUUCACAAAUACUGAAUAUUAUCCCAGUUAGAUUUCCCAAUAAACCAAUGACAUAGGCUCCAUAAUAAUCUCCAUUCUACAUGAGAGGAAACUAGUCACAAUGGGUUAAAAAAAAAAAUGAGGAGCACAUAUCAGGAACCACAUAUAAAUUUGUUUGUAGGGGAUCAUUUGGUGUUUAAAACUUCACUACCACCCCCCAAAAAUAUUGAAAUGCAAAGAAAAGAUGAACCCUGGGGUUUAACAGUAGGGAGUCCAAUCCCUCUAGAUCUUCAACACAUUGUUUAGGAUUUGCUCCAUCCCAAAACACAUCCAGGCAAGGGGGAUGGUGUUCACCAUGGAGGGGAAAUGACAUUCCUUGGGAUUUGUUCCUAGGAAGAAAAUAUAUAAAACAAUCAAGCCUUAUGACUCAGCCAGUUGCUCAAAAUGAGAAUCUCUCUCCUUAUGUUGUCUUCAGUGAAUCUUACACCGUAAAGAAUCAUGUGCUUUACCACAAACUUCUGUCUGGUGAGUGACAAUUCCUGCUUAUUGGUUCCUUUUUCAGAAUCUGACCACAGCCAGGCAAUACAGAAGGCUGGCCAGGCUCAUCAUCUCUAAUAUUUUAAUAUAGUAUAUGCUAUAUUAAUAUAUUUUAGGAGUGAGGCUUAUUGAGUGAGAGCUGCUCUGACUGCAAGCCUCUCAGCCCCUGUCCUUUCCCAGGCUCCAGGAUGGUGGUCCUGAGGAUCACUGGGGCCCCAGGGAUGGCAACUUGAUGUCCUUGGUGAUGCUGAGCUCCCCUUUGGUUCAGAGCAGAAACACCCCAGCACUUCAGGAGAAGGCGGUCUUCCCAGCAGAUGUUGCAGACCAGUGAGAAGUCAAAGGGCACCGUGAGGAUAUGUCAUUUCACUCUCCUGCUCUUGUCAGCCCACGUGCUCUGAAACUCCUGAGACAGUGAGGCCCAGCAACGAGAUGAUGAAAGUUGAAGGAGAAUCUGGCCACUCCCAGAGGCUAUAGAAGGCUGUCCAACCUCUCUGAUAUCCCAUUGAGUGAGAACUGCUCUGACUGCAAAUAUCUCAGCCCCCAUUCUUUCUCCCAGGCUCCAGGAUGGUGGUCCUGAGGGUCCCUGGGGCCCCGGGGAUGGCAGCUCUCAUGAUGUCCUUGAUGACGCUGAGCUCCCCUUUGGUUCAGAGCAGAGACACCCCAGAGCUUUACCUCUACCAGAGGCGGAGUGUCUGCUACGAGUUGAAUGGGACACACCGCUUCCUGGAACAAUACGUGUACAACAGAGAGCUGUUCAUCCAGUUCGACAGUGACAGCGCCGCGGGGGUGUUUGUGGCGGAGUCUGAGCUGGGCCGAGAAACUGCCAAGAACUGGAACAUCCAGAAGGAGUUCCUGGAGCUGAGACGGAGCGCCGUGGACACGGUGUGCAAGCACAACUUCGAGCUGGACGAGGGUUUCACGCUGCAACGCAGAGUCCAGCCUAACGUGAACGUCUCCCCCUCCAAGAAGGGGCACCUGCAGCACCACAACCUGCUUGUUUGCCAUGUGUCAGAUUUCUAUCCCGGCCACAUUCAAGUCCGCUGGUUCCUGAAUGGACAGGAGGAAACAGCUGGGGUUUUAUCCACUAACCCGAUCCAUAAUGGAGACUGGAACUUCCAGAUGCUGGUGAUGCUGGAAAUGACCCCCCAGCAGGGAGAUGUCUACACCUGCCAGGUGGAGCACCCCAGCCUGGACGGUCCUGUCACCAUGGAGUGGAAGGCACAGUCUGAUUCUGCCCGGAGCAAGAUGCUGGCUGGAGUCGGAGGCUUCGUGCUAGGGUUCGUGGCUCUCGGAGUGAGCCUCCUUCUCCGUUUUAGAAGCCGUUGAGGACUCCGGAACUGAUCUCAACUAUCACAUGUAGCCUUGGAACAAGUGAUUCUAAUACUCCUGUUGUCCAGCAAUCCUCCACUUCCAAAAAGGAUAUUAUGGCUAAAUUGUGCCCCUGACACCAGUUUCUGAGUGUCUGCAUUUUAAUUCAAUGUACUUACUCUUUCUCAAGUUCUUCCAGUCUAUUGAGGGACCUUUCCUGAGGAACAUGAACCAUCUAAAUCGAAUAUUGUUGUUCUUUCUUUUUGAGAGGAAGGAGAUGAUCAUGUGGCCAUGUUUAUGGUUGAAGGGUUUGGUGAUCACUGGACAGGUCAUUGUUGUUUUACCCAGGCAUGGAGAAAUAAUACACUUCUUGAUGGUGA